AUGGAGGAGAACUCCACUCAAAUCAACAUGUUUCUCUUGCAAGGAUUCCCAGGCCUUAUGGACUUGAAGGUUUUACUCUUCACAGUACUGCUGCUGACGUACAUUGUAACGGUUGUGGAGAAUGUGCUCAUCAUUUCCCUGAUCAAAGCAAACCAUGAACUCUGCAAACCCAUGUAUUUCUUUCUCGGUCAGCUGUCUUUCAUUGAGGUCUGGUACAUCUCCGUCACUGUCCCCAAACUCCUGGCAAAUUUCAUUGCAGAAGACAGGAGCAUUUCCUUUGCUGGAUGCAUGACCCAACUCUUUUUCUUCAGUUCUUUCUUGUGCACUGAAUGUGUCCUUCUCUCUGCCAUGGCGUACGAUCGCUAUGUGGCCAUCUGUCAACCACUGCGCUAUCUCCUCAUCAUGACGUACCAAAUGUGUGUAUGUCUGAUAGCUCUCUCCUGGUUCACCGGGUUCACUGUGUCCUUGAUCAAGAUCUCCUUCAUCUCUCAGUUGGAGUUCUGUGGUUCCCAUGUUAUUAACCAUUUCUUUUGUGACAUCAGCCCACUGCUAAACCUUGCCUGCACUGAUAUGUCAAUGGCAGAGAUGGUGGACUUUGUGUUGGCCUUGUUCAUCCUGCUUGUUCCCCUCUCUAUCACUGUUGUCUCUUACCUAUUAAUUAUCACGACAAUCCUGCACAUCCCCACCACACAAAGUAAGAAGAAAGCCUUCUCCACAUGUGCUUCCCACCUAACUGUGGUCAUUAUUUUCUUCUCAGCCACUCUCUUCAUGUAUGCACGGCCCAAGAAAAUCUCUUCUUAUGACAUGAAUAAACUUGUGUCAGCUGUAUAUACUAUUGUCACACCCACGUUAAACCCCUUCAUUUACUGCCUGAGGAAUCAGGAACUGAAGAAAGCAUUUAAAAAAAUUCUCUCCGUAAAAAUCACUAUCUCUAAAGUGUCCAAAGUGGCAAGUCUGGUCAACCACUGCACCUGA